AAGAUGGCUGCGCCCACGUAGACGAUUUUUUCUGCAGUGCCGGAGAAUGAAAUAUCAAAUUGUAUAUACACAAGGUAACUAACAGAGGUUCGAUUGUUAUGACAGGGAAGUAGCAGUUUCAGAUGUAAAGGCAUUUGUGCCAGUAUAUGUACAGAUGUGCUGCUGACUCUGGCCAGAUAUAUUCUGAUUAAAGUGUGGGAGAGCACAGCUGUUGUUGUGUGGUCAUAUUAUCAUGUUAUAUCAACAGAGACUUGAACACAAAUAUGGAGUGUUCCCAGGAGAUGUUUCCUUUCUCAGUGAAAGAUAAAGUUGGCUGAUACAAUGUUUGUAAACACUGCAUACACAAGGUCACCUUUUCAAAGCACUGAGACCAGACAUAAAAAUGCCAGUCAAGAUGAAACUGAGAGUAAGGAUUUUCCUUGUGUUGACUGUAGCCUUUCUGUUUGUAGUCUCCUUCAAGAUUUUAGAACCAGAACUCAAGGACCAUGGUCUCCAUAGAGAGACCAGGGAUUUUCAGGACUACUAUGACUUUGCAGAAGAUGGCAGAGUCAGUAAAGACAAAUAUGGAAAAGAGCUUGAUCCAAUACAACAUAUAACAAGUGGCUCAAUAAGACAGAAUUCUCUUGUAGAAAAGCACAGCAAGUCUGAACUGAUUGCAGAACUUAUUAAAAAAUAUAAAGUGAACUUGAAUCAUAAGAUAAAAGGUUCCCCAUGGGAAAUUGCUGCAAGCUGGGUGACGUCAAGGAGAAUACACCCUGAAGAAGCCCCAGAAAUGGGUGCCAUAUUGAAUGCCCUGGCUACCAGACCCAUCAUGGCGGCUGACGUAGGCUUCAAGGGUACCCAGCUCAAAAUGACUCUAGUCUUAGAAGGCAACCAAAAGGCAGUUUUCAAGCCAAAAUGGUAUGACAGAGACUACGUGGUGGUAGGGACACCAUACUCUGGUGCUGACAGACAUAACGGAGAAAUAGCUGCAUUCCACUUGAUAAGGUUACUGGGACUGAAUCGAGCACCUCUGGUGGUGGGACGCACAGUCAACCUGCAGAAAGAAAUCCUGCCAGUUUCAUCCACAAAAUUAAAGAGCACUUUCUUUCAAAGAGAUAACAACACCUGUUUUUAUGGGCAGUGUCUCUAUUGCAAGAGUGAAGAGGACGGGGUGUGCGCUGAUGGCGAAAUGCUAGAGGGCGCUGUGGUCUUGUGGUUGCCAAGGAAGUGGACUUUUUAUAAAAAACACAGAAGUCCUUGGCAGAGGACUUAUAAGGAGGGAAAAGUUGCCAGGUGGGAGUACGACGAUACAUACUGUGAUACUGUGCGGGCUGUGGCACCCUACGACAGCGGACCCCGCCUUCUGGAUCUCCUAGAUGCUGUUGUAGUGGACUACCUCAUUGGGAAUGCGGAUCGCCAUCAUUAUGAGACAUUUGCUAACGCCACUGACAGCAUGAUUAUUAUGCUGGAUAAUGCCAAAAGUUUUGGAAAUUAUUACCAUGAUGAGAAAAGCAUUUUAACUCCAAUAAAGCAAUGUUGUCUACUACGGCGUACGACGUGGGACAGGCUACAACUGCUGAAGGAUGAAGUGUUGAGCAAUGUACUUAGAGGUAUUCUUGAAGCAGAUCCAUUGGCUCCUAUUCUCAUUGAACCACACCUGAAGGCAUUGGACAGAAGAUUAGAGCACAUUUUACAGGAGCUGCACUUGUGUGUUGAACAGAAAUCUGAGCAAAAGGUUUUUGUGUGAUAUUAGAUGAGAAAAGAAGCUACCUAGAGAAUGUUAUCCUUGUCUGAUGCUUUCUAACAGUCUGGUUGCAGUGGCUUGGUAAAAAGUAAGGGAAACCUGCUUUAUUUUCUGUAUGAGUCUGAAAAAGAAUUGAGAGCCUAUUGUUUAAAAAAAUCUCAUUUACAAAAGUAGACAAAAGACUCCUCAGAAUGACCAAUAUAUCUUUUUCUAGCUGCAUUUGUAAAGACAUCAUGAUAACAUUUUAAACAUUAUCUAGGUGCAGAGCGUGAUACAUCUAGUCAUCACUGAGUUACCCAUUACAAAAAUGAGAGGCCGAAAAAAGAUCCUGAAAGUAAUCAACACAUAGGUAUGAGCUUGUUAUGUCGAAUUUAAUUUAUUUUGAAAAAUGGUAUGACCAUAAUAUCAUGAUAUAGAUCACUUGCACAGUCACACUUUAUAGAUAAAUGAUCAGCCUUUUCCUGCCAUUAUUUAUUCACAUUUUUUAUGUGAUGUGAUGGCAUUUAAUUAUAUUAGGCAGCUAUUUUUAAGUGCAAGAUUUUUUAAAGUCUUUAAUAUAUUAUUUACUUUUCAAUAAAUCUUUCAAACACACAUACAUAAUAAUGUGUGAUUUAAAAAAAACAAAAACAGGUGCAUCAGAACUAUAUUUUUGUUAUGGAACUUCAAACUUGAUAUUCAGAGUUCAGCUUUUAAUGGUUAGUCUGUAGUGAAGGUGGAUCACAUACUUUGUUUUGUCACUUACUAACCCCUCCCCCCAAACACAAGCAUGCACGCAUGCAUGCGCAUACUCUCUCUCUCUCUCUCUCUCUCUCUCUCUCUCUCUCUCUCUCUCUCUCUCACACACACACACAUUACAUUAAUCUACAGCACCCUAGGAUCAUUAGAAGAUGACAGCAUAGGGAUGUCAGCGUAGACUAAAGAUGGCAGUUUGGCAUCAAACUUAUCCUCCAGUAUCUCAAAAAGAAAAUUUGUAACAAAAAACUGUGUGAUCUGAUAGCAUUAGAAAACUGAUGUACUUAUUUCAUCAUGUAAUUUGAUUAUAACAUACCUUGUUUAGUCUGAUUUCAAAAAUGAAAUAUGAAAGCAAAGGAGUGAACAGUGGCAUCUUAAAGCAUAUCCAGAACAGCAGACUAACAGAUCUGCAGAUCAAAUAUGUCCGACCCAUAUCUGUGGGGAUUUCGCUACAAGCAUACAAGCAUUCAAGUGGGUCGGCCAUAUUUGCUUCACAGAUCUGCAAGUCUGCUGUUGUGAAUGUGGCAUUAUAGCUCAAGGUGGAGUUGCAAUAGACUUGGUCACACAGCAAUAUUGUAUUUUAUUUUGAAAAAAAGUGUAUUUAUACUUAAAGAGCUACAAGUGCUAUACUUUAAAGCUGGUCUCGGCAUUAUAUGUAUAUUGAGGUUUUCAUUGUGGCCAAAUGUUAAUAGGAAAUAUUUCAAUGAAAAAAAUAAUAAAAUUUUCUUUAGAUUUUUAAAUGUUAGAUUUAGAUUUGCCAGUGACAAGGGCGGUUGAUAUUUAAAUAUUUAUAAACCAAAUAAGGGGAAAGCUUGAUGUUAAUGUUAG